AUGUCUGCAAAAAUGGCAGACGCUGCUCGACCUCGUGCUGCUGACCCUAAAAAGGUCCAUAUCGCCGAUACUGCCAUCACUCGCCAAAACUGGUACAAGCAUGUCAACUGGCUCAACGUGUUUCUGAUCUUGGGUAUCCCUUUCUGUGGGUGCGUUCAAGCAUUCUGGGUCCCUCUGCAGGCCAAGACUGCCAUCUGGGCUGUCAUCUACUACUUCUUCACUGGUCUCGGUAUCACCGCAGGCUACCAUCGUCUUUGGGCCCACUGCUCUUAUUCCGCCACUCUCCCCCUUCGCAUCUGGCUGGCUGCCGUCGGUGGCGGUGCUGUGGAAGGCUCCAUCCGCUGGUGGUCCCGGGACCAUCGCGCUCAUCACCGCUACACCGAUACCGAGAAAGACCCCUACUCCGUCCGCAAGGGUCUGCUCUACUCCCACAUCGGCUGGAUGGUUAUGAAGCAGAACCCCAAGCGGAUCGGUCGCACCGAUAUCUCCGACCUGAACGAAGACCCCGUCGUCGUCUGGCAGCACCGCAACUACCUCAAGGUCGUCUUUGUCAUGGGCUUGGCAGUCCCCAUGCUCGUGGCUGGUCUCGGCUGGGGUGACUGGAUGGGCGGCUUCGUGUAUGCCGGUAUCCUCCGUAUCUUCUUUGUCCAGCAGGCCACCUUCUGUGUCAACUCCCUGGCCCACUGGCUCGGCGAGCAGCCCUUCGAUGACCGCAACUCUCCUCGUGACCACGUCAUUACUGCCCUGGUCACUCUGGGCGAAGGCUACCACAACUUCCACCACGAGUUCCCCUCCGACUACCGCAACGCAAUCGAAUGGCAUCAGUACGACCCCACCAAGUGGAGCAUCUGGGUGUGGAAGCAGCUGGGUCUGGCCUACGACUUGAAGCAGUUCCGUGCCAACGAGAUUGAGAAGGGCCGUAUCCAGCAGCUCCAGAAGAAGAUCGACCAGAAGCGUGCCAAGCUCGACUGGGGUGUUCCCCUGGACCAGCUGCCCGUCAUGGAAUGGGACGACUAUGUGGAGCAGGCCAAGAACGGCCGGGGUCUGGUUGCCAUCGCGGGUGUGGUGCACGACGUGACCGACUUCAUCAAGGACCACCCCGGUGGCAAGGCCAUGAUCAACUCCGGCAUUGGAAAGGACGCCACCGCCAUGUUCAACGGCGGUGUCUAUUACCACUCCAACGCUGCUCACAACUUGCUAUCCACUAUGCGUGUGGGUGUGAUCCGUGGUGGCUGUGAGGUCGAGGUCUGGAAGCGCGCUCAGAAGGAAAACACCGAGUACCUACGUGACGAGACCGGCCAGCGGAUCAUCCGGGCGGGCGAGCAGGUCACUAAGAUUCCGGAGCCGAUCCCUACUGCGGAUGCGGCCUGA